GAAAAAUCAUACGUUUAGAUAAGGUGGAAUACACCACGAGUCAAACAUGGAGUUGCUGUAUCUCCUCUGCUCCAUCAUCUCCACCACCAUCACCUCCCUCCUGCUGUCCGCGCUCCUCCCCUUCCGCCACCUUCUCCGCCGCGUCUCGGCCGCGGACGCCUUACUGGACCGCCGUAACUCCGUUUCGCUCUACCAAGGCACCGUCUGGCACGAGCGCCGCCGUCCUGUCCGCCACUCAUUCCGCUACUCCGUCCGCUACGCCCUCAUCGACCUCGACAAUGCGCCGCGCCCACCGUCCAACCACCUUUCCGCCGACGAAGCACGUUCUGUUUCCGAUACUAACGGACCGGUUUUUCUGUUGACAAUACCUCCAAGCGUGGGAUAUGAACAAAAUCCGUUGAGUUUGUAUUAUUGCUAUGAUGUUGAAGGUGAAACCCAAACUCUUAGGAAAUGCAUUGCUGAGGUUACUAAUACGCCUUGGGGUGAAAGAGUGAUAUUUCUGUUCAAUCCAAACUCAGAUUUAGUCGCCAAGCCUCUUCACGUCAGCCCUUUCAUGGACAUGAUGGGGCAGUGGAGCUUGAGAACGAACGAACCUGCUGAUAAUCUCCAUAUAGUCAUAUCAGUACAGCACCCUGAGCUUGGGAACUACUUCACUGCAUCAUUGACAGCCAAAAGAGUUGCAUCUUCAACGUCAGAGGAUCAUUCAUGGUUCUUCUGGCUGAUGCCCCAUAAAGUCGCGUUAUGGAUAUAUUGGCAUGCUCUCAAGCUUUGGUGGAAAAACGUAGUGUUUGUUCAACACCCAAGAUAUCACAAUCCAACAUAUCGAGAAGAUGCUGUGAAACGCGAUGAGAGUAUUCAUCUCUGUCCCUCAUUUGGGAACGAGGAGGCACUCGACCAUCGAAGAGAAGGAACAAAAACGCCGAACAAUCGCUGCUUCACUUGGACUGAUGCUAAAUGGCCCUGGUGUUGAGCCUAUCACUUGUAAGUAUGUGUUGUUGUAUCUGCACAAAUCAAAGCCUCAACAAAAUGUGCAACGCAUAUGUAACAUGCGGCUGCAUUCUCAAUUAUUUGCCAUGUAAUAUUGAUUCUAAAUAUGCCAUAGUACAUUUGCCAUGUACAAUGGAUUUUUAACUAUGCUUCGUCCAUUGAAUUCAAGUAAUAAUGCACGUUAAAGCCA